UGAGAAAUAAAAAAAAAAAAAAAAAAAUACAUCAUGACAUUGCCACGCGUUACCUAUCUGCACCUAAUAAUUUUUUUUGGAAAUUUCCAUUUUCUAAGUGGCACGAUUGCUUGCCCACCAUGUGUAUGGUUAAUUUCCUCAACAAAGUCACAUUGACUUUUUCCCCGCCAAAUUUGAAUUUCAGUUAUUUGUUAUGUCAAAAAACUGUUACAACAAUACACUCCCUCCCAAAAAUAGAUACAAACACAUAACUAACAUGAAGAGAGAGACGGACACAGAUCAUCAAGAACUAACCACAACCAAAAAAAAUACAAAAAAAAGAAAAAAGAAAAAUAGAUACCCAAGAUUUACCUAGAUUUGCUCUGAACCCAAUAUUUUUCAUACCCUUUGUCUAUAACAAGGAAUUCCCAUGGCUUCCUUAAAGACAGUUACUGGGCACCCUCCUCCCCAUAAGGAAGAGGUGCCAACUAGCUCUAUCUCUUUUAUUUUCAUCGAUCACCAUUGAUACGAAAACCAAACUGUAAAAAUGUCUCUGCACAUUUUAGCACUCCUUUCCUUGCUGGUUACCUCUGUUGUCGCCCAGGACCAAGCGAAAUCCGUGACAUACGAUGGGCGGUCUCUGAUCAUCAAUGGAACUCGUGAACUUCUCUUCUCGGGUUCUAUUCAUUAUCCCCGUAGCACUCCUGAGAUGUGGCCUCAACUUAUAAGGAAGGCUAAAGAAGGGGGUUUGAAUGUCAUUCAGACCUAUGUUUUCUGGAACCUUCACGAGCCUGUUCAAGGCCAGUUUAACUUUGAGGGGAAUGCUGACUUGGUUAAGUUCAUCAAAAUGAUUGGUGACCAAGGCAUGUAUGCCAUUCUCAGGGUUGGACCAUUCAUCCAAGCAGAGUGGAAUUCUGGAGGAUUUCCAUACUGGCUAAGAGAUGUUAAAAACAUCACAUUCCGAGCUGAUAAUGAACCAUUCAAGUAUCACAUGAAGAAAUAUGUCAAGAAGAUCAUUGGUAUGAUGAAGAACGAGAAGUUAUUUUAUCCUCAAGGAGGACCCAUCAUUUUGUCACAGAUCGAAAAUGAGUACAAUACCGUCCAGUUGGCAUACCGUGAAUUAGGUAUUCGAUACAUUCAGUGGUCAGCAAACAUGGCUGUUGGUCUAAAAACCGGAGUCCCAUGGAUCAUGUGCAAGCAAAAGGAUGCCCCUGAUCCAGUUAUCAAUACUUGCAAUGGAAGGCACUGUGGAGAUACUUUCAUUGGCCCCAAUAGCCCAAACAAGCCUUCUCUAUGGACUGAGAACUGGACCGCUCAGUUCAGAGUUUUUGGAGACCCGCCAUCUCAAAGAGCAGCAGAAGAUAUUGCAUAUGCAGUUGCACGCUUCUUCUCAAAGAACGGAACUCUUACCAAUUACUACAUGUACCAUGGUGGAACAAAUUUUGCCAGAACAAGUUCAUCUUUUGUGACAACUCGCUACUAUGAUGAAGCUCCUCUUGAUGAAUUUGGUUUGCCAAGGGAGCCCAAAUUUGGUCACCUUAAGGACUUGCAUAGGGCUUUGAGAUUGUCCCAAAAGGCUUUGCUUUGGGGUGCUCCUUCUGUCCAAAAGAUUAGUGAGGACCUAGAGGUUCGAACUUAUGAGAAGCCUGGAACUAGCAUUUGCACCGCUUUCUUGAACAACAACAACACCAAGGUUCCUGCAACUAUCAAUUUCAGGGGUCAAGAAUACUAUCUUCCCCCGAAAUCCAUUGGCAUCCUCCCUGAUUGCAAGACUCUGGUUUACAAUACCCAAACGAUUGUUGCGCAACAUAAUGCAAGAAAUUUCCAUCCAUCAAAGAAAGCAAGCAAUCUUAAAUGGGAAAUGUCCCCAGAAGUUAUUCCAACCAUGAACCAAUUGUCAGUUAAAAGCAAGACUCCAUUGGAGCUCUACAGCUUCACCAAAGACACCUCGGACUAUGCAUGGUACAGCACCAGCAUUAACUUUGAUCGCCGUGACUUGCCAAUGAGAUCUGAUAUUCUCCCAGUCCUCCAAAUUGCAAACCUUGGUCAUGCCAUGGCUGCAUUUGUAAAUGGGGAAUACAUAGGAUUUGGACAUGGAGGCCAUGUAGAGAAGAGCUUUGUCUUUGAGAAGCCCAUAACUUUGAAGCCAGGAGUGAAUCACAUUUCACUUUUGGGCAUGACUGUGGGAUUCCCGGAUAGCGGAGCCUACAUGGAAAAGAGGUUUGCUGGGGUUCGAGCUGUGAUGAUCCAAGGUUUGAAUGCUGGAACUCUUGAUGUUACCCUCAACGGUUGGGCACAUGAGGUUGGCAUAAAGGGAGAGAAGCUUGAAGUGUUCACAGAGGAAGGAUCGAGCAAGGUACAAUGGAGUCCGGCCAAAGGAGGAGCAGGACCACCUAUGACAUGGUACAAGACAUACUUCAAUGCUCCUGAAGGCAAAAGUCCAGUGGCUAUCAAGAUGACCUCUAUGGGAAAAGGUAUGAUUUGGGUCAAUGGCCAAAGCAUUGGUCGCUACUGGGUCAGUUACCUCUCUCCUCUUGGGCAGCCCACUCAAUCCGAGUACCACAUUCCAAGAUCCUUCCUGAAGCCAGAAAAGAAUCUCUUGGUUGUCAUUGAGGAAACCGGAGGAGACCCAGAAGGAAUGGAGAUUGUAACUGUCAACAGAGACACCAUCUGCAGCUUCAUCUCCGAGUACCACCCACCCACAGUGAAUUCAUGGAAGAAGGAUGGCGAAAAGGUUCAAGCCGUGGUUGAUGAAUUUCAAUCAGAAGCUAAGAUAACCUGUCCUGACGGAAAAACCGUUAAGGUCGUAGAUUUUGCAAGCUUUGGUGAUCCAUUUGGCGCUUGCGGAAGCUAUGGUGAGGGAAAUUGCACAUCCCCCAACAGCAAGAAAAUCAUUGAGGAGUAUUGCUUGGGGAAGAAUAGCUGUGCAAUUCCGCUAAAGCGUGAGAUUUUCGAUGACAAGAGCCAUGACAAAUGCCCAGAAAUCUCAAAGAUUCUAGCUUUCCAAGUUAGGUGUGCCCAUAAUAAGUCAAAUUAAUGAAGAUGAUAUGAGAUCAGAUCAGGAGUAGUAGCAGCUGGUUGUGAUGAUGAUCAUUGGUUGGAAAAAUUGAAAGAUGUGUCAUACUUGAUAUUGUAGUCAAUAAAUACCUGAUGAGAGCUUUCAAGUUCAAUUAAAAUUUUAUUUACAAGUAUACAUUAGCAAUCAAAAGCUACCCAUGAUCUGUAUUUACAUUUUUUUGGUGCUUGUUCAUGGUAAUGUUAUGCACUGGCAUUAUUAUGGUGGUGAUGAUGAUGAUGAUGAUGGUUGAUGUACUCCUUGGAUUGGAGAUACAAAUUAUCUUCAUAGCUUCUCUAAA